AUGUUUCACCUAAUUUCUUUACAGUGGCAUUCAUGCAGAUAUGAAGCCUUAUCAUACGUCUGGGGCUCGAAAGAUAACACCGUACAAGUUCUUGUCCAAUCGCAGCUAUUGGACCAGGGCUUUAUCCCCAUUACCCGAAAUCUAGAUGUUGCACUCAGACACCUUCGACAUCGCCAUGAGUCUCGCUUGGUCUGGAUAGAUGCACUCUGCAUCAACCAAUCAAAUAAGGUAGAGAAGGGCUCACAGGUGGGCAUGAUGGGCAGAAUAUUCUCGCUGGCUCGGAGUGUGAUAGCCUGGCUCGGUCCCGAAGAAAACAACAGCAAUUACGCGCUUGAGAUUAUGAGGUACUGGGCUUGCCAUGUUGAUGUAGACUAUGACAGUUAUACCAUGCGCCCCUCGGAACAAAGCAGCGAUUUCACAUGGGGUAACCCGGACAUUCGCCUUCCAUACCAAUUAGGCGAACUGCAGCCUGUUUGCGCGUUGUUGGAGCGACCUUACUUCUCGCGAACUUGGAUUCGGCAGGAAAUUUCACUUGCGACUCACGCUGUGAUCCAAUGUGGGCAGGAGGAAAUAACCUGGAAAGACUUCCAAAGGGCCGUGUUCUGCCUCCGAUGGAAAGGAUUUUUUGUUUCAGCUAUGGGGGGAACACGUUUCGCGGACUUGAAAAAAAAAACCAAUGCCGCAUUCGAUGUAUGUGCCACCAUCAAAGGUUAUCUAUCCUUCUCUUACCUGAGAAUCGACUUGCGCGAUGCGCAAUGUCAAGAUCCCCGCGAUAUGAUUUAUGCCACUCUAAGCCUGUUGAAGAACAAGGAUCAACGGCUCGGCAUAGAAUCGGAUUAUGCGCGAUCAGUAGAAGAGCUAUACGUAGAUGUCUUCCGUCGUGUGGUGACUGGACGUCACAGUUUGGAGUUACUCGAAACCUGCGAACUCUCAUCUAAGAUUUUGGAUAUCCCUAGCUGGGUUCCGGACUGGUCGUCUCGCCUAAAAUACAAAGAUAAACUUAUGUCAAAGUGGAGUGCAUGUGGCUGGAUUUCUGCUCAAGCUACCAUGGACGGCGGCAAUUCAAUACGUGUUCCCGGAGUUAUGGCGAGUCAAAUUGAAUGUGUUACUGAAAUCGAUAUGGACGAGUAUGAUGGGCAGUAUUAUGAUCUGCUCCGGGGAUUGAGAAAGCUAAGACCAUCAGUGGAGGCCUUAGCUGCUCAAAACGAAUCAAGUCUAAGCUGCAUCCAAAAGUACUGCCAUGCCCUGGUUGGGGAUGUCUUCUUUGAAUCCUAUAUGCCUCCACAAGUAGGCAAACCAAAGCUCGAAGAGUGUAUGGAAAUUUUGGAUCUAGUCUGGUCAACGAGCGGAACGUGGAACGAGCUCAGGGACUCAAAAACUUUACCUGUUGAAAUCUUCUUAGAAAAUUGCGAGUCAAAUAUGUUCGGAAGGCGCUUCUUCCAGGGAUCGAACCAGUAUAUCGGGUUUGCGCCAGCUGGUACCGAACCAGGGGACAUUGUCUGUGUUUUACUGGGCUGCAGAUUUCCUGUGGUACUACGACCAUCUCUUGAGGCGGGAUUGAGUCCAACUUGGCAGGUGAUGGGUGUCUGCCAUUCUCCAGGGCUUAUGAUGGGUGAAGCCAUAUACGGUAGCAAGCUACCGAGUCAUUACAGACCUGUGAAGCCGCUUGAAGGGCCGUCGGAAUAUGUAUUAUAUGAUCCAAAAACGCAAACGCUCAAAACAGAACCAGCCGAGAUACUGAUGGAGAUGGGUAUCAAAGUGGAAAACCACCCGGAAGAUUCUUCUCUGAUCGAAGUGUUACCGGAGACUUUGCGCGCCGCCGGUGUAGCUCUGCAGGAAUUCACCCUUAUAUAA